AUGGACUAUUCGUUGACAGCUAAUCGCAAGCGUCCGACAACAGUGCUAAUCGGAUCGUCACAUAGUAGAGCAGCAGUGUCGAGUGUGUUGUGCACACCAUCGUCACAUCAAUCGUUAGUGCGUUCCAGUCCAGUCUAUUCGACGACUUCAAUGCUUUCGUCAUCGUACUCUUCAAUACCGUCCAUAUCAACGUCAACAACCACUUCAUCCUCCCAUCGUCCUCAAGCUAUUGUCUCACCGAUGACUUCGGUUAAUUCAUCAAAUGUCAACAGCUCGGCAAUAGUUCAAUCUUCUGCAAGCAAAGAAACACUACUGGAAGGCAAUGAAUUCAUGAAGACUGAUGACGAUCAUGAUGAG